GGCCGGCCUGGCGGGGCGCGGAGAAGAAGCACACUCUCUCCAAUUGCUGUCACAUUUUCAAGCGCGCGAGCACAGCCCGCUCCCUUCCAGGAGAACGCCCCUGCUCCAUUCACCCCACCCACCCGGCAUAUCUCCAGGCUAGGGCGGGUAGAGGACUGGGAUCAGCCCCUGGGGCGGGGUCGCUUCGUCCCAUGUCGGGCUUGGUCCCACUUGGCUCCCAAGGGAGUUGGGUUUUGGCUACUGCUACCGGUUCGGAGCCAAAUCCGGUUCCGCUGGAUAUUGUGUGGUGCUGCGCUCCAGCCCACCGAAGACGAGAGGAGCAAGGCAAGGCAGGGGCCUCUUCGAGACCGGCGGCGCCUCGCAUCGCCUGACUCCUUCCGGACGCCCUCUGGAUGGUUCCUGGGCGGGCGAGCUCCCCUUUGCGGGUGCAGCACCUUAGGCCCAAGAUGCCAGCCUGGGUGAUCCUGCCUAUCGCUUUACCCGCCUUCAGUAUUACCGGCAUGUGGAUCGUAUAUGCCAUGGCACUCUCCAACAAUCACAUCUGCCCAGUCCACAACUGGAUUUAUAACCAAUCCUGUGAACUAGAUAGCCCCAUGUUCUGCUGCACAUUGGAUCAUGUUCCUCUUGUCAGCAAGUGUGGCACAUUUCCCCCAGAGAGCUGCUUCUUCAGUCUGAUCUGCAGCCUGGGUUCAUUCAUGGUGAUGCUGGUUGGCCUGUUGAGAUAUGCUCAUGUAAUUGAGCAUUAUGGCUCUUCUCUUCUCAACACCUUGGGGCUGGCUACAGGCUGGAUUUGUGCAGCUGGCCUCAUUAUGGUUGGCAACUUUCAGGUGGACCAUGCGAAAGUGCUACAUUACAUCGGCGCAGGCGUGGCAUUCCCUACCAGCAUGCUCUUUUUAUUCUUUCAGUCGAUUCUGACUUACCGCAUGGCAAAAUCCAAGGGCCAUUACUGGACUGGCCACUUGCGCAGCAUCCUUGCAGCCUUGGCCUUCAUCACGCUCAUUUUCAGUGGUGUAUUUUUCAUCCAGCAAAGCUUCGUCCUUCAACACCUGGCUGCUCUCUGUGAAUGGAUGUUUAUCAUCAACGUCCUUGUCUUUUAUGGCACCUUCACUGCUGAAUUUGGAGCCAUUUCCACAGACACCUUCCUGGUUCUUCUGAAAGCUGGGCGGACUUCCAAAAGUUACCAAGUGGAUGGUAGCACACCAAGCAUGUCACAUGUUCACAGCCAGUUGGAGAACCUGACUAUGACGUGAGAUGAUUUCUGGGACAUAAAUGCCUCGUAUACAAGAACCAGGAUAAGCUGUGCUUCCUGGUAUUUUUUUAACAAGGCCAAGAGAGGAAAAGCAGAAACACAAAACAAAAAGAACAUUAGCUUGAACAUGCCUAAGAAUCAGAUCACUUAUAUUUAUUUUUUUUAUAAGCUAUGCUAACAGUGACUUGGCUGUUCUGCCUAAAGAUGCACCAACACCACAGUACCACCAGUGGCCUUUAUGGAACAAGAUACCCUCACCCCGGCAUCAAAGCCUCUCCACCCACCCCUAAGCCUCUGCAAAAGGAAGGGUGAGAAGAUGGGAAAUGGUAAUACUGAGCAGUAUGGGCAGAAUAUCUGUUGUGAGACUAAAGAGAGGCCUGUAGUGGGAGAGCUGUCAUAGCUCAGUGGUUGGGCGCAUGUUGUGAUCCAUGGCAAUUCUAGUUAAGAGUCUCAAGUACCUUAGUGGGAAGAAAAUUCUUGCCUUCGAAUCAAGGAAGCUGAGACCAACCGCAACCAUGGACUUUGGGCAUGCCUAGAAAAAAAUGGGACUUGCGCUCCUGGGACUUUAGGACACAGACAAUUACCUGGUAUUAGCUACCCUAUAAAAAGGAAUAGCCUUUUCCUCCAAGGAGAGGACACUGGCUGGCAUUCUGACUAAGUUUACUUGAGGAAGUCUCAUUGAAAUUAAAAGGACAAGUUUGUUUAGUCAGGAUGUGAGCCACUCUCUUUAAAGUGGCCUUAAUUUCUUAGGGACCAUUUGCUAAGUAACUUCUGUCCAUUUUAUUCAAGCUUCAUUUUAUGUUAGGUAAGAGUGUCCCAGAUGAGUUGGUGCCUGACUGCGUCUCAGAAGAGUCUAGCUCAAGAUGAGGUUUAUCCCCAGAACUCGCUGCAUUACAACAGCAUCAUUUGCGUUCUAAGGUUCAUUUUUAUAGCUCACUGGAAGGAUCUUCUACAGUCUAAUUUGAUCACUUUGGUGCUAGCUAAGGAGCUGAGCCAUUCAACAUUUGAGUUCAGUUCUAGUUUAAGUUAAUCAGUUCUGCCCCCAUAGUUCAGACACUGACAUGCUGAGGAAACUUUAACUUGUCCUUUUAAUUUCAAUGGGACUACUUUGGGUAAUUUUCCUCAGCAUAUCUGCCACUCAAUUUAAAAAGUUGUUCAAUAACCAGUUCAGACACUCUGAACCCGUUUAGAUACAUUUUAUGCAGAGUAACCUCAAUCUCUUGUGUGCAAUGUCAUGCCAUAAAAAUGAAUAUAAUAGCUGUUUAAUUGAGGAAACAUAUUUGUUUUUAAAUCUAUUUUUGCAUUUUAAAAGUUUUUAGAAUAAGAUAUGACAGAUAAAAAGAGGAAAAUAAAACAUUAAUUCUACAAUUGAGAGAUGACUGCCUGAUUAUUGAACCACUUAUUUUGAACUGGUUACCAGAGGCGUAUCUAGGGAAAAUAGCGCCUAGGGCAAGCACUGAAAUUGCGCCCCCUGUCCAGACAUCUGACACCCAUCUUUCAGAUAACUUCACCAUAAUAUCAGCUGAAAAAUACAAGUCAAGCUUGUUAGUCUUUUAAUAUUUCAAAAACUAUUUAGCAGUGCACAUAGCCAGACCAAAAAAUGCUGGAAAACUACAAAUUUCAGUAUGUGGGGGCUCAUGAAAUACCCAAAUACUAUGUGGAGGUAUACUUGGAAAACUAAACAGAAGUGCCUGUCUAAUUCUCUACUAUGCACUGUAGCAUCACUAUUACAUAAAUUUUAAAAAUAAAUGGAGAAUUUGACUUUUCCCAGAUACUCUGAAAAUAAUUAAAGGAUAUGCAGAGUAAACUGGGUCACUGCUUGGAAUAUAUUCUAGUAUUUCAGAAAGACAGUCAAAAUGAGAGAAAGAGACUCCCAGUGGGCCUUAAUACUAAGAAUUUCACACUGAUUCAAAGACAAACUCAUAAUUAAUAGUCAUAUUAUUAAGACAUCACAUUUAACUCACUUAUCACAAGAAGCAAAGAGCAAAUGAAUACAAUCCUAGCUCAUAAUCUUCUGCUCAGUAUUCACAAGCCCUGAUUGUAUUGCUAUGUGUACUGUGACUUAUAUUAAUUUAGUAUUAUUUUUACCUGUAGCCCCUUCGGGGGGCUUCCUAAGGGCCAUAUGUAGGGGGUCUACAAAGGUUCACCCUCCCCCCACUGGCAUCUAGGGCCUCGCAGGGACCAUUUGAAUAUGUGCAGUGGCCAUUUUAAAAAAAUGGCCGCUGAAAACAAAAUGGCCUCUGCGCAUGCUCAAAUGGCCUCUGUGAGGCCUGGCAUGGCCUAGGGCCUCACAGGCCAUUUGAGCAUGCACGGUGGCCAUUUUGUUUUUGGCAGCCAUUUUAAAAAAAUUCUAAAUUUUAAAAAAUGGCACCCCCCUUCAAGUGGCACCCAGGGCAUGUGCCCUGCCUGCCCCAUCCUAGAUACGCCCCUGCUGGUUACCACUUUUUGUGUUGAGUGGUUUGGGCAAAUUUUAGCUUCAAGUUCAAUUCCAAUUCACUACAAAAACCUCUCUGAACUGGUUCUUGGAUUUGGGUCCAGGCUUGGUUAGACUCCCUGAUGCUGGCUGUGUCCCUUGUUGGAGUCUUAGGGUAGCCUAAACCACCUAUUUAGCUGUCCUUAAAGAUGCCACCCUUUCCCUCCUGUACUGGGUGCUAGCAACAGUUGCUUCAUCCAAAGACCUCAGCAGGGAUUGCCUUCCUGGUUUUCUUUGCUUUUGCUUUCACCUCCAAAGAGUUCAAAGCACUUUUGAAUUUCUUACAGUUUUUGGAUUUCAUGAGUGGGUUUCUUGUUUUUGGGGAUAGAGGUAGAAAAUUUUGCAGGCCUAGGAAGCCAAAAUGGUGCCUUCAGAACAACCAAGGAAACACAUCAGAUCCUGGAUUCUGAUCUUGUGGAGUCAUACAAGGUCAUCCUUCACCUAGUGCUUUACUCCCUGUGGAAGUGCCUUUAACAUGCUAAUCAGUGUUCCAUUCAGGAAUUCAUUGAGACUGUUUCUGGAAUCUGUGCCAUUUUUCCUGUGGUGACCAUAUCUGUGCCUUCUUUGAUUAUUCAGGCAGGGUUUCUGAAGCCUGCUUCUCAUGUUGCUUUCUCUUGAAUAGAUUUGAAGGAUAUACACAUGGAAGAUGCAAUGAAAUGAGCAAAGGCGGGUGUCUGUGUGUAGAUCUUUGGAACAGUCAGAUCAAUGAUAUUCAAAACUUCCCCAAAAGUGAUUGACAGAACAUGUGUCCAAGGGCCAGUUCUCACAUUGCUGGAUUUCUGUGCAAUUGCAGUGGAAAGGGUCCACUGGCAUGAAAAGUAAUCAUGUUAUUGGCCCCUCCAACAUGUUCUCCCACUAUGUUUUCAUACCUGGAGUGGCAUGAAAAGGAGCCACAUGGGGAUGGUAAGCCCCUUGUUCCUGUAACGAGAACCAGCUGAGAGUAGUUGGUAGUUACAAAGGCAAGCAUAUUUGGGCAUUUUGCUGAUAUGUUCUUGCACUAGAAUGAGUAAGGCAAAGCAGCUUCACUUUCUUACAGCAAUGUGUAUCAAUGCUAAAGACAAGACCAAAGUAUGUUAAUCUUUCCUAAUAUGUUGCUGAAUUAAUCUAGGAGCCAUUCUAGGUGCAUUUCCCCCUGUUAUCCCUAUACUUGUGGCUAACCUUGGUCUUAUGCUGAUAGUAUAUUUUAUCCCUGCAUAAUGACAGGGAUUAGGAUUGCUGCUGUGCAGUCAGAUAAAUAGGUGUGUGCUGCUAUCAUUGUGGUUAAGGGGAAUACAUUUUUUUAAAGGAGCAAAGAAAAAGCUCUAAAAUCUUGACACCAAAAAAUUAUAAAGGGCUACAUGAGUGAGACUACAUGAGUGCUUGAGCAUUACAACAGGCAGAUAGAUAGCAUCUAAAGAUUUUUUUUAAAGAAAUAAUGAAUAAAAUGUUUUUGGACAUCUACAGAAUGAUGGGGGAAGAAGUGCAUCAUGCCACCAGUUAUGUUUCAGAACUACUGACAUGAUGUAAUGCAACCACAUUCAACAUAGUACUCAUUAUUUGAAGUGACACACUAGCUUGGGGAAAACUGCAUGUGCCCAGCAGUGACAAGAUAAGUGCUGGGGAAAUGGAAUAUCAUAACAGGAACCUCAACUUGGAAAAAUACUUCUGAACCCCAUGUAACAACUGAACUAAUUAUUUCACACCCUCAAAAAACAAAACCCUGUAUCAUUGGGAAGAGUCCUAGUGACCUUUUAGAGAACUUUAAAGGGGAAGGGUAUUGAUGAAGCUGAAAUCUUUUUUCCUCUUGUCAGUUGCUUUAUGUGCAUAGCUGAUUUUGCAUCUAUUGAAUUGCACAAGCUUUAGAGAGGAGCAUUCUGAAUAUUUUAUACAUGUAAUAUAUAAAAUGAAUGUGCAAUACCUUAAAGCAUCUUUGUGGUA